AACAUUGCUGCUGCUCCACCAGUGUGUAACUGUGGUAAGUGCAUUACCACCACAGACUGAACAAGUGCUAAAGGAAACUCAAAGCAAGUCUUCACAACUGGGGUAAUGCAGGCAGGCUUUUGAAUUAAUUUCUCCAUGUGAAGUACUUCAGCACGCUUUUGAAGAAAAGAUGCUCUGUUAACUUCAGAAACCAACCUAUUUUGAAAUGCUCCUUUUCCCUGGAAAAUGAAAGGUCAAAUGGGAACUGUGAAGGACGUUGAAACAGUGACUUGUGAAAUACACCUCUCUUCUGCUCACAUCUGAUACGUAGCAAGAGAAAAGAAACAGGGCUUGCAUGGACAUCAUGGAGGUACACCAAACGAGAAAACUACUGAUGACUUUGUGGAUAAUGCUCGGGGAGCUGGAAGUGUUCAUCUCUGCCUUGAGUCUUCGAAGGUCAAAAACAGUCACUUCUUCUUCAAGUACAAUUGCUUCUUUAGGAAGCUGUGCACUUUCUCUCAUUUUGGAAGUCUUUAUUUUCAAACAGAAGAACAACUUCAAGAAUUCUUCAAAAAAGCAGGAGAAACUCCCCCAGGGACAGAUGUACUUGGAAAACAAGGAUGACAGUACGAUUUCUAGAAAACAAGAGAUGGAGCUGAAUCAGACAUCUCGAUCUAUAGACGCCAAUCUAUCUGCAAAGGUUGCAGCCAAACCAGUGACCAGAAGUUGCAAUGAGCUGCAGCUAUUAAAAGAAUAUCACGGCAUGGUAGCAGCUCUCGGAGAGCCACAGACCCUUUGUGAAAACACAGCAAUAGGGGAUGAUUGCUGUGUUGCACUGGGGAAGGAUUUCACUCCUCUCCCCAUGCAGGGAAGAUAUCACUUCAAUUUUUCCAAAUUAUUCAGCCCAAGGUCAAAAAACACUUGCUUUACAGAGAGGACACCACUGCUGAAGGUUUCCUCAGAGGAAAAUGGAUUACCGUGCCUGGCUCUUCAUAAUCCAGAUUUUACCACGGAUGAUGAUUCAUGGGACAACAGCUCGGCAGAAUUUGAACAAAGGUUUCAUCUGGGAAGUGGAAUGACCAGUUUGUCCAGAUCUGUUUCUUCUGAGAGAUAUGAAAUUUUGGACAACCUCCAUGUAAAGUUCAAUUUAUCAAAGAUGAGAUGCUGUCUAAAAUUCCUAAAAGUUUCAGGCCUUCUUAUCUUUGUAGUUGUCUGCUCGAUUUUAUUUGGCAUUUAUCCAGAGCAAGGUAUGCCCUGGCAGAUGUUGGCUGUAUCACCUCUGGAAAGCUUCUCUAUGAAUCUUACAGACUUUCAUGACUCUGCCCUGAUGAAGUUAGAUAUAGGAGGACCUUUUGUAGCAGAUGUAGCUGGUCAGCAAACAGAGGAAUACAUUGUAGUACAAAUCAGCCAGACUGAAGAUGCCGGAUCAAGAAGGAGACGCCAGCAGCAGGUUGUAUACAACUGGUCACUACCCUUAAGUUCAAGAAGAAAUCAGCAAAUCAUCACAACUAGAACCUUUGAGAUACUAAACAGAGGUGCCAUCUUUGUAAACAUUCAAGCUUUCCUACAGGAGCCUGGGAGUGUUCCUCUCUCCAUGAAGUAUCAGUACCUGCAUGCAAAUAUAGAGGCACAAGUAACAAUUGCAUCCAUCAUCUUAGUAGGUGUCUAUGUCCUGAUCAUACUGGAAAUUGUUCACAGAACCCUUGCAGCGAUGUUGGGCUCUUUGGCAGCGCUGGCUGCUUUAGCUGUUGUUGGGGAGAGGCCAAGUAUGGUCAAAGUGGUGGAGUGGAUUGAUUAUGAGACACUGGCGCUGUUGUUUGGAAUGAUGAUUUUGGUGGCCAUAUUCUCAGAAACAGGAUUCUUUGAUUACUGUGCGGUAAAGGCCUAUCGAUUCUCUAGAGGCAAGGUGUGGGCCAUGAUAACGAUUCUGUGCCUGAUUGCUGCUAUUCUUUCUGCAUUUUUGGACAACGUCACCACAAUGAUGCUCUUUACUCCAGUAACCAUAAGGCUAUGUGAAGUACUUAAUCUUGAUCCUAAGCAUGUCCUGAUUGCAGAAGUAAUCUUCACAAAUAUUGGAGGGGCUGCCACGGCCGUUGGAGAUCCUCCAAAUGUGAUUAUUGUUUCAAAGCAGAAGCUGAGGAAGGAGGGAUUGGAUUUUGCAGCCUUCACAGCGCAUAUGUUUAUUGGCAUUUGCCUUGUUGUUCUGGUCUCCUUUCCUUUUCUCAGACUUCUUUACUGGAACAAAAAACUUUACAAUAAGGAACCAAGUGAAAUUGUUGAACUGAAACAUGAGAUCUAUGUUUGGAGAUUGACAGCACAGCGUAUCAACCCUGCCAGCAGAGAAGAGACGGCAGUGAAAUGCCUCUUGAUGCAGAAGGUCCUGACUCUGGAGAUACUCUUGAGGAAGAAGCUCAGAACCUUCCACAGGCAAAUUUCACAAGAAGAUAAAAACUGGGAAACAAAUAUUCAGGAACUCCAGAAAAAACACAGAAUAACAGACAAAAUUCUUCUCAUCAAAUGCCUGACUGUCUUGGGGUGUGUUAUUCUUAUGUUUUUUCUGAACUCAUUUGUUCCAGGCAUCCACCUAGAUCUUGGUUGGAUUGCCAUGUUGGGAGCUAUUUGGCUGCUAGUGUUAGCAGACAUCCAUGAUUUUGAGAUGAUAUUAAACAGAGUUGAAUGGGCAACCCUUCUUUUCUUUGCAGCAUUAUUUGUUCUCAUGGAGGCUUUGGCUCAUCUGCAUUUAAUAGACUAUAUAGGGGAGCAGACAGCUUUGUUAAUAAAGGUAGUUCCGGAGGAGCAGCGUUUGGCGGUUGCCAUCAUUUUAGUGCUCUGGGUGUCUGCUUUGGCCUCGUCUGUGAUUGACAAUAUUCCAUUCACGGCUACAAUGAUUCCUGUGCUUCUCAACCUGAGUAAAGAUCUUGAUGUUAACCUGCCUAUGAAACCAUUAAUCUUUUCAUUGGCCAUGGGUGCCUGCCUUGGAGGUAAUGGGACAUUGAUUGGAGCAUCUGCAAACGUUGUUUGUGCAGGAAUUGCUGAGCAACAUGGUUAUGGCUUCUCUUUCAUGGAAUUUUUCAGGUUGGGUUUCCCCAUGAUGAUUGUGUCCUGUACCGUCGGGAUGUGCUAUCUCCUUGUUGCUCAUGUUGUAGUAGGUUGGAACUCUUAGUAAUUUAAACUUUUAAGGCCCAAAGAAACUUUCCAUUUCAUUUAGUGUAUAUCUCAGAACUCUUAAGAAGAUGCAUAGGAGGAAAAAGGUGCAAAACCCCCAACAUAUAGUAUCAAUCAAAAAGAUUGCUAGUGUCCGUUUUGGUCAAUCUUAACCUUGUGUUCUGUGAAUAACCUGCAGAACUAGAUAAUGAAAAUUAAAAGGACCAUAUAUUUAAUUAUGAAUAACACUAUCGAGCAGAUGAAAACGCACCAUCACAAGGGAAUAUGUUGUGCCCGAAAGUUUGUACUGCCACAAUUUGAGUAUAGUCACAGAUGAAAAACUCAUUCACAAUAGCAGAUGUUCAGUAAUUUCUUCCACGGCUUCAUUUGUCUUUGUCAUGUAUUUAGCUAUUUGUAUUAAAGUAACUAAUAUUCACGUUGUAAUAAUAGACAAUUAAGCAGACAGUCUGUACACUAUGAAGGAUGUAUCAUUAUCUAUGUUUAAAAAUAAACACAUCU